UCCCCUCCGGCAGUUGGGUCUCUCAUGAAUAUUGAGCGGCCCCCGUUGGAUUUCCCGAGCUCCAUUGCGGAAGCCGACCCUCGCCAUAUUGUGCGGCGGCGGCGAAGGCGGCGGGCGCUCGGUCCCUCCCUCGGCGGGCCCCCCGGCCGUUCCCCGCGGCCGCAGGGGCCGCAGCCGCCAUGUCUCAAGCUGUCCAGACAAAUGGAACGCAACCUUUAAGCAAAACAUGGGAACUCAGUUUAUAUGAACUACAGCGAACACCUCAGGAAGCAAUAACUGAUGGCCUGGAAAUAGUAGUGUCACCCAGAAGCUUGCACAGUGAGCUCAUGUGCCCAAUUUGCUUGGAUAUGUUGAAGAACACCAUGACAACAAAGGAAUGCUUGCAUCGCUUCUGUGCAGACUGCAUUAUCACAGCCCUCAGAAGUGGAAACAAAGAAUGUCCUACCUGUCGGAAAAAGCUAGUUUCCAAAAGAUCACUAAGGCCAGACCCCAACUUUGAUGCUCUCAUCAGUAAAAUUUAUCCAAGCCGGGAUGAAUAUGAAGCUCAUCAAGAGAGAGUGUUAGCAAGAAUCAGCAAGCACAAUAACCAGCAAGCUCUCAGCCACAGUAUUGAAGAGGGACUAAAGAUCCAGGCCAUGAACAGGCUACAGCGAGGCAAGAAACAACAGAUUGAGAAUGGCAGCGGAGCAGAGGAUAAUGGUGACAGUUCACACUGUAGCAAUGCAUCAACGCACAGCAAUCAGGAAGCAGGACCCAGUAACAAAAGGACCAAAACGUCUGAUGAUUCUGGGCUAGAACUUGACAAUAACAAUGCAACGGUGGCAAUAGACCCAGUAAUGGAUGGUGCCAGUGAAAUUGAAUUAGUUUUCAGGCCUCAUCCCACACUCAUGGAGAAAGAUGACAGUGCGCAGACGAGAUAUAUAAAAACAUCAGGCAAUGCCACUGUGGAUCACUUGUCCAAGUACCUAGCGGUGAGAUUAGCUUUAGAAGAACUUCGGAGCAAAGGAGAGUCCAACCAGAUGAACCUCGAUACGGCCAGUGAAAAACAGUACACGAUCUACAUAGCCACAGCCAAUGGCCAGUUCACUGUAUUAAAUGGUUCUUUUUCCUUGGAACUGGUCAGUGAAAAAUAUUGGAAAGUGAACAAACCCAUGGAACUUUACUACGCACCAACGAAGGAGCACAAAUGAGUUUUUCAGAAAAUGGUUUUGAGGAUGAACUCUGGUCUGGUUUUUUUUUUUUUGGUUCUUUUUAUAGCUCUGAUUUCUAUUAAAGAUGCACCAUCAUUGCUUUUCUGGACAGAAUUUUGGGUGUGUGUUCAGUUUCCUUAAUGAGCUGGACUCGUCAACACUAUUAGGCAGCAUUCUGCGUUUCUUAGAGUGUUUCUUUCCCCGUCUUAAUUUUUGUCUUCUGGAAGAACUGAAUGAUGUUAUCCAGUGCAUUCCAUUGCAAUUUUCCAAGAUGGAUUAGUAUGUUCUCCUUUCAGUGUUUCUUCACUGAUUUCAAACAGUGGUUCUGCUCUGGGGUUUUGAAAAUUAGUCCAGAAAAAUGUAGUCGUUCUAUAUAUAAAUGGCAAACCUUAAAUUAAUUUUUCUUUAUAGAUUUUAGAAAGUCCUAUCUACAGUGGUUUCUUGCUGACAGUGCAAAGUUGAGGAUUGUUUUUUUUUCCUUUGAGAACAGUGUAUGUUUUUGGAAUAAAAUCAGAUUCGCCUUGAACUUCUGGUGGGCUUGCAGUGGUCCAGCUGAAGUGUAUUUUCAUAAGUAUUGUGGCUCAGAUAGAUUUGUUUUAAGAAAUUCUCAUGGGCUUGUCUUAUCUGCGGAAUGCUGGGUUGGUAUCCAGCAUUCUCAUUAAAAGCAGGUUAUUUGGGGUUGUCCACUAUCCUGUACUGUCCUCUUGGCAGUGAAUGAGGCGUGAUCACAGAUCUUUGUGGAAAAAGUAAAAAAAAACCCCAAAACUCUAAUUCCUGAUUUAAAUGGCAAAGUUUUCUAUAUAAUGAAGGGAUAUUCUGCCCAGUUGCCUUGUGAUAUUCAUUUUAAGUCUUUGAUAGCCCCUUGCAAAACGUAGACCGUAUCUCACCUAUUUCCAGUUUGGAGCUGUGUCACCUUUAAGAGUGGCAUAGCAGUUUGCAGUAGGAACAAACUCAAGGGGAAAAAAAAGCAUUUUUACCAUUUCCUUUCACCUCUGGUUCCUAAAAAAUCGAUGAGGGAACUUCGCAACUUAUGGACUGUUGCUUUUAAGUCACAUUGAGCUUGAACCACGCCUUUCCGAGCGAACGAUAUUUCGUUCCUGUUAAAGCAGCUGUUGAGGCAACGUAGGAUCAGUUGACACUCUGCUGUUCUUUAUACGCAGCUCCUUUAGGUAUUUGGAAGUGAAAAGUUUUUUCACAUUGUCAGGUAAGAAAUGCGGUAGCCUUGUGUGCUGUUCGUUCGUUGCCUCGCUUCUAGUGAGAAUUGAGUCGUGUUACAGUAUUUACUGGGACCUGUUCAAGUGGAGAAACUAACCCCAAGGGUCUGGCAGGAGCAGCUAGUGAGUUCUCUAGUGCUUUUACACCACCAGACUAACGUGUGUAAAUAUGCCACUGUCUAUUGAGACUGCCGGUUUUGGACCAGCACAUUUUAAAUGCUUCAGCACUAUAUGAAAACCUCAUAGGCUUACUGAAAAAUUUUUUACCAUUUCUUUCUAAUAUUUAAUGUUUUUACAAUUUUUUGGUAACCCGUGCCAUGAAAUUGAGAGCCACCAAAACGAAGGGACAUUUUGUAUCCAAGAUCUUUUUUUGGUGAAUUGUUCAGUUGUAUAGAUUACUAGUGCAUGUCCACUAAAUAUAACCCUGGUUUUGUGAUAUAAAUGCUUAGGUUUCAUCGGAAAGGCAUUAGGUUAGUUGUUGCAUUGAAUCAUAAAUUUCUCAUUGUAAUUUUUUAGACUUUAAGCAAAAGAUCUGUGAACUUCAGCUGUGUCCACGUCUAUGGAAUGUAUGUGGGCUUUCUUCAUUUGUCAGUAUGGGAGAAUGUGAAUUCUAAACCGUUAGUGAAUUGACUUGGUUGUCCUUUACAAAAUAUAAUGUAAGCAUUUGCUAAACCA